AUGAGGAUUGAAAUGAAGACGAACCCGGUGAACUUCACUGGCACUUCCCCUGAUAUGUUUAACUUCGUCAGUGUUAAUUACAGAAGAACCUCUAGAUUCCAGCCAGGUACGGGUGGAUUAGGUAUUCUUGUUGGCACAGGAGUAAAUAGACUUCCACAAAAUGUCAGAGUAAAACUGGCACAGCAUGAUGGACUGGGGGAAAACAGGAUUACUAAAGAACUGUGUGCAAAAGAGUGGGACUUUUAUGGCAGAAACUUAAUGAAGCUUUAUUUUGCAGGAUAGAUAAAAUAUAAUUUGCUGAAAAGGAAUGAGAAAAGCCAGUGGAAGAUGGCUCUAGGAUAAGUCCAUUAUAAUGUCCAAAUAUUAAAAAUUGUUAUACAGAAGUGGAACAUGUGGGUGCAGACUGACAAGGAAAAAGACAUGAUGCCAUCCACUGAAAAUAUUAUGCAGCAGUGAUGUCCAUGUGUGUUAUGUUUGAACCAUUGAGGUUGCUGUUCUUUUUACUGGCCUAACUUUAAAGCAUCAGUAAAUACUACCUUUCUAGGAGCCCCCGAGCCUUCUCCAAAUGAACAGUCACAGGUCUCAGCCUUACUAAGAGGGAAUAUGCUCCAAUUCCUUAGCCAUCUUUUUGCCCAUUUUUGGACUCUCUCCAACGUGUCCAUGUCUCUCAUGUACUGGGAAGCUCAGAACUGGACACAGUACUCCAGGUGUGGCCUCACUAGUGCUGAAGGGAAAAAUCACUUCUCUGGAUCUCUUGGAGACACUCCUGAUGCAGCCCAGGAUACCACCCAUCUUUGUGCCAAGGGCACAUCACAGGCUCAGUUAAAUCUGUUGUAUAAAAAUAGUACUAAUGGAAAUCUAUGACUAUUGGCAAGCUUCCCCAGUUUACAGUAAAUGAGUUUAGCCCACUGCAGAAAAUUCACAGACAAAGGUUUACCAUACCUGGACUCUUGAAAAGGCUGUCACAAGGUCAUCUGCUUGGAAAUUCCAGGUUUCAUUCAGGUUUGUACUGAUGUCUUCAAAAAUACUGUCAAUGGCUGCAAUUGGAUUCAAGAUUUGCUAAUCAGCAAAAUGUUAACUCUUACAGACAGAUUAAUGUCUGUUUUCUUUCUUGACUCUCCCAAACUUUCUGAAACAACUUUUAAUGCCCUUGCAGAAUGUAAACUUUUGAAGGCCAGCAUUGAAGGACAAUACCAAAAUACUGACUUAAACUUCAAGUUGAUGAGAAAAUGCUGCCCAUACAUCAGGCACAUUCAUGUGGCUGAUUGCCAGAAGAUUACAGAAGCUGGUGUUAAGAUGAUUUCACCACUGAAGCAUAUUCUUCUACUGAAUAUGGCAGACUGCGGCUUGAGAACCCUUGGCUGCCAUGGAAAAACAUUGGAACUUUCUAUAUCACAAUGCAAAAACUUCAGUGACAAUGGGAUUCAGGUAUUCUGCAAGGGCAAAGAAUACCUGGAACACUGCCAUGUCUCUUACUGCCCUCAGUUGAUAGAUGAAGCUGUGAAAAUAAUGGCAUUUCACUGCCAAAGACUGGCAUCUGUCAACAUAGUGAGUUGCCCAAAGAUGAUUAAUACAUGUAUCCAAUACUUUGCUACAGUCUGUCAUUAUCUCUCCUUCUUGGACAUCUCAGGUUGUAUUCAUCUCAGUGACGACCUGAGAUAUCUUUGGAAAGGCUGUGAGCACCUCCAGAUUCUCGUGAUACUGUACUGUAGAAAAAUUACCAAGAAAAUAAGCUUGAAAUACACAGCUGAACUGGAGAAACAAGAACAUAAUGAUGCUGACCCUCCUUCCUGGCUUGGAUGUGUCUGGGAUGGUAACAUACCACCUUCACCCAAAAACACAGAUCAGAGCCUGAAAAAAUAAAUUCUUCAAAAUGAAAAAUGA